AGUCUGUCAAAACAAAACAAUGACAGGUUACUGUCAUUGUCAGCUGAUAAAAAAUCAAAAUAUAACCUCAAAGCUAUGAAAAGUUUAAAUAAUUCUUAUCACUUAUUUACGUAGUAAUUGAAAUAGUUGCAUCGCCUAUUUAUUAAAAUGAUGACACAAACACAUUGCCUGAUGACAAUACCUCAAAUACUCAUUAGAAGAAUGUUUGAUUCUUCAAAGAACUUGGACGGAUUAAUACUUCGAAGUCAGAGCACAAAAGCUACAAAGAAAAAGACUGCAAGUUCUGUGUACCGUACGAUGAAUAUAUUUGAUAGAAAAGCGAAGAUAUUACAGAAGGAACGAGCUGCGCAAAGUGAGGAUUAUCAUCUAUCUGAGUAUAUUAAAGAAGAAGUAGGAUGGCGGACCGCCGAUCGCAUUUUCGAUAUAAAAAGAACGUUUACGAAUGCUGUAGAACUGGGUGCAGGCAGAGGCUAUGUGUCCCGUCAUUUUCUACCAGAUAGCGUGGAAAAGGUCACCCUAUGUGAUUCAUCGCAGACACAUCUAGACAAAGCAAUAGUAGGCGAUGGAGUCAAGUGUGACAAGGUGCUAGUGGAUGAAGAGAAUUUUGAAUUUCCUGAAAAUAGCGUGGACUUGCUGGUCUCAUCAUUAGCUCUGCAUUGGGUCAAUGAUUUGCCAGGAUGCUUCGACAAAGUUAUGCAGUGCUUGAAACCUGAUGGGGUAUUUGUAGCCUGCGUGUUUGGUGGAGACACUCUGCUGGAACUGCGCCAAGCUCUCCAGCUGGCGGAGGGCGAGCGGCUGGGGGGCGUGCACCCUCACAUAUCGCCCUUCACCAGGAUACGGGAUAUAGGGGGGUUGCUGAACGCGGCAGGUUUCACCCUACAAACGGUGGAUGUAGACUCAAUGACAGUGUGGUACCCCUCAAUGUGGCAUGUGAUGAGUGACCUUCGCGCACUGGGCGAGUCAAACGCGGCAUUUAACCGCCCACUGCGGUUGCAACGCUCGACUCUGUUCGCCGCCGCCGCUAUCUACGACGAGAUGUAUGGCAAGGAAGUUCCAGACCGUACAUCCAGGGGCGUUCCAGCGACGUUCCAAAUAAUAAACUUUCUCGGCUGGAAACCAGAUCCGUCCCAACCCAGACCGAUAGAGAGAGGCACCGGCGAGUUGUCGUUGAAGGACUUGCACAAAAUUGAUGAAAUUAUUAAAGAUACCAAGAAAAUUGAACUAACUGAGGAUGAUAAGAAAUAAAAAGUACUAUAAUUG